AUGCGUGCCAACGAUCCAAGCUCCAAAGUCUUCUACAAGGGCAACUCGGACGACUUCAUCGUCUUCAUCGACGACCCCGCCGCCCUCAAGAACUGGAAGAACGACCGCUCAAUUCCCCUAUCCGACGUAGUAAACGGGUUCAAGAUCUUUGUUACUCACAGACACGGAUCCCAGGGUGUGCUUGAUGGCGCCAGCAACGCCAGUCUGGACAAUGAGUUCGGGACUCACAAUAUCGAUGAUUGCAUUGUGAAGAUCUUGGAGAAGGGAUCUUUCCAGACUUAUACUCAAAACGAGCACCAGGCCGAUACGAACCCGAGCAAUGGCCCUGCUUUCCGGUAG